UGUGUGUGUCUCAUUUCCAACCAUUAAUGUCGUGUCGGGAUCAACAAACCGUUUCCAAAUCAGCGCCUUGACAGACCACUUUAUCCGUCUUGGAGAGAGGCACGGCCGAGGCGUAACAUUGUUGAAAGGUUGUAUUCAGUGGAGAGCCACAGAGAGCGGGGAUGAGUUAAGGAGAUCUAAAGAAGGAAAUCGAAGGUUUCUAAAGUGGAGAAUAUUUUAAACAGGAAAAGUUUUGUUUGACGGAAGGAACCAUUGGAGUACAUUGUGACCUGCAAGAAACCAUUCAACACCGACCUCCGAUACAGAGUGAGUAACGGCUCCAUGGCAUAAAGCCCGCGCUCACAUUCAGCCGGUCCCUGAGGGAGAGAGCUGCCCGAGGAGCCCACCGCUCUGACGCCCCGCUGCCAUUUUCCACAGCCUGAGGGGAACCAGGAAGCCGGCAGGAGCCAUGCCUGCCCUGGCCACCGGAGCCGGCCACGAGCCAGGUUUGUAUGAGCUGCUAGCGGCUCUGCCCUCCCAGCUGCAGCCCCAUGUCAGCCGCCCCGAGGACAACACCUUCCUCCAGGAUAUGUUUGGGGAGAGAAGCCUCAAAUCGCUGGUCAAGAUCCAUGAACAGCUGCACCACUACGAAGAGAGCAAACCAGUCCCCGUUCUGCACAGCGCUGCAGCUCUGGUCCAUGAACUGUCCGAGGAGCUGGAGGGGAAAUCAGCCAACGGGGAAAUCAAAGAGCUUCUCAAACUACUGGCCCGACCCCACAUGAAGAGCCUCCUGUCGGUCCACGACACUAUCGCCCAGAAGAGUUACGACCCCGAACUGCCUCCGCUGCCCGACGACAUCGACGACGACGAGGAUUCCGUGAAGAUCAUAAGACUGGUCAAAAACAAGGAACCUCUCGGAGCGACCAUAAGGCGUGACGAACACACGGGAGCCAUCGUCGUGGCACGGAUCAUGAGAGGCGGAGCAGCCGACAGAAGCGGGCUGAUUCACGUCGGGGAUGAGCUGAAGGAGGUCAAUGGAAUCCCUGUGGACGACAAGAAACCAGAGGAGAUCAUUCGUAUUCUGGCCCAGUCACAAGGAGCCAUUACCUUCAAAGUCAUCCCCAGCGUCAAGGAGGAGGAGCCAACCAAGGAGCCAAAGGUGUUUAUGAAGGCGCUCUUUGACUACGACCCCAAGGAGGACAAAGCCAUCCCAUGCAAGGAGGCCGGACUGGGCUUCAAGAAGGGCUCCAUCCUUCAGAUCAUGAGCCAGGACGAUGCAACCUGGUGGCAGGCCAAACACGAGGGGGAGGCCAAUCCCCGCGCCGGCCUCAUCCCAUCCAAGCAGUUCCAGGAGAGGAGAUUUGCAAUGCGGCGACCUGUUGCCACUCUCCCGCUCCAGAGGACCUCAAGCCGGAGAUCAUCCGGGUUCAGGAGGAGCUUCCGUCUGAGCAGGAGGGACAAGAAGACCAACAAGUCCAUGUACGAGUGCAAGAAGAGCGAAAUGUACGACAUGGCCGACGUGCCCACGUACGAGGAGGUCACCCCGUACCGGAGGCAGAGCGGAGCCAAGCACAGGCUGGUGGUCCUAGUGGGACCCGCAGGAGUUGGCUUGAAUGAGCUCAAGAGGAAACUAUUGAUCUCUGACCCCCAGCACUUCAGUGUGACCAUCCCACACACCAGUCGGGCCAAGAAGAACCAGGAGAGCGACGGCGUGGAGUACCACUUCAUCUCCAAACAUCUCUUCGAGACGGAUAUCCACAAUAACAAGUUCAUCGAGUACGGCGAGUACAAAGGGAACUACUACGGCACGAGUCUAGACUCCGCACGCUCCGUCCUCUCCAAGAACAAAGUGUGCCUAUUGGAUGUCCAGCCUCAUACCAUAAAGCUCCUGCGGACGGCGGAGUUUAAGCCCUUCGUGGUGUUGGUGAAGCCUCCUGCUAUCGAUAGACUGAGGGAGACCAGACAGAACGCCAAAAUCAUAUCAGGCAAGGACGACAAGGGAUCGGCCAAGCCGUUCACGGAGGAGGACUUCCAGGAGAUGGUGAACACCGCCCAGACGCUGGAGACGCAACACGGCCACCUGUUCGACAAGGUUAUAGUCAACGACGACCUCUCGGCGGCCUUCGGCGAGCUGCGGUUGGCACUGAAGAAACUGGAGACGGAGACCCAGUGGGUUCCAGUCAGCUGGACUCACUCCUGAGGUCCACAUGGAGUGUACGAGGAGAAAGAAGGGAAGGGCUUUGACAAAAAUAUGCAGGUUUUUUUUUAAUCUUUUUAUGUCUGCUAGUGUUGGGGUUGGGGGUAACGGAAUAAAACAAGACAGCUGCCUCGCCAUACCUGAGCUGCACGGAGCUAAAGAUAAGCUUUUGCCAGAGAUCAGGCUGGAUUAAGACCUCCGCUGUAGUCUGGAAUGCGGAUCUCCAGGUCUGACCAGAUCCAACAGGGGCCGAAGCUGAGAGGCGUCCGUCCAAAAUGUGGGCCUUGGACAUGAAUCUGUGUCUCAGUCUGGGCCGCAAAGCCGUGGCAACGGGGUCGGAGCUCCUUGGUCCAAAACCAGAACGUGGAACGAGCCUGGACCAUCGCCGCACCAGCAGUCCUGCCAGCACAUCAGCAACCACGCCAACCAGGACUCCGUCUUUAGUGUGUUUAUAACAUUAGGCCAUUAGAAACCAAAGGGAUUGACAUAUAUCUUUCUUGUUGGACAACGUACGUGCAUAUGUCUGUAAAAGAACACUUUUACAGAGGGAAAGGGGGAGAGAAGAAAACAUAUUUGCCUUCUGUCUUACUGUAUUUCUGUGCUUCUAUAGUGCUUCCAUGACUUUUACUCCAAACAAAGCAUCGCCAGGUACACUCCCAAGAAAGGGCAGCAAGUGUCAUUUUAUUUAAGAGAAAUUAAUAUAUUUUCUAAUAUCCGCCUUUUAUAUACAUAUCCUGCCUCCUGAUCUCAACUGUGGACACCCUUCUGACAGCUUCUCACACCCGAGAGGCGUCUCUUCUUUCAGUCAACUGUCUGGAUUUCAUCGGCCCCAGUCUAGUUUUCCCCCUACAAAGCAAAAGAGAGAGCCAUUUUUAUUUAGGUGUUAUAUAUUCCAUUUAGGAGCAUUUCGAAAAAGCCACCACUUCAUACAGAAGGUGCCCAGCAUAACAGCUUUACCAUUUAAUGUCCCAGAACUGGACACAUUUUGGCUGUCUGCUAGCAGAAAAUGUUCACAAUUGUGUUUUAUUAGGGUGGAGUCUUUAUUUUUAUUCACAUAAAAAAAAAUGGCUUCAGCGAGGCUGCUAAUAGAAGGUCUGCAUCAUAAGUCCAGGGUUUAAACUCAGAGAAAUGCUAAGUAGCUGUCCCGGACUUUAUGAGUAUUAGAAGUUUAUUGCUAAUUUGAGUCUCCUAUUCCCGCUCUGACUUACUCAUUUUUUACUUAGUACUUUUUUUUUUUCCUAACUGAUUUUCACAGCAGCCAGUUAUUAAUCCUGGCUGUAUUAUUAUUUUUAUCAUUAACAAUGUUACAGCCCUGGUAACUUCUCGUUUCUUUGCUGAAAUAUUUUACACUAUAAAGGAAUAGUUGUUUAUAGUGAGACAGGAAGGUCGAUACCACUUUUAUGAAUAUAUAUAUAUAUUAUUAUAUAUAUUAUUCCUGGACCUAGAGCCAAGAGGCGAUUAGCUUGGCUUAGCUUAGUUUAGUUUAGCAUAAAGACUGGAAACAGAGAUCAACUGCUAGCCUGGCUCCUACCAAAGAUCAGAAAUAUGCAGCAGCUCUCAAGUUGUGGUUUUAUGAACUUGUUGCUUCACUCUUUGAACAAGAUAUUUGUUCAUUCAUAAGCGUUUAAGGUUCUGGUACACAUAUUUUUUUUACCAAGGGAGGGAUAGCCAGAGUGUAUGCUAAGCUAAGCUAAAAUAAGCUAAUUACCUUCUGUGUCUGGCUCCAUACUUAGCGUACAGAAAUGAAAGUGGUAUUGAUUACUUAACCCUUGCCGAAAAAUCAAAUUAGUAUAUUGUCCUGAUGUCAAUCUAUUCCCUAAACUAUGUAUUUUGAGCAUUUGGCCUUUAUACUGUGGGAAUGAAUUUCCUCUCAUACACUAGCUGUAUGUCCAGCUCAGGUUAUAUUGCCCACAUUUCUUUAUGUUUGUUUAUUCUACCUUUUCCACUCAUUGUAAUAUUUAUAUAUUUGAUUUAUGUCCAUUUAAAAAAAAAAAAAAAAAAAAGGGUAAAAUGAGUGUUCAGUAAUGAUAACACAUUUUAAAGGGACUUUAACUCUUCGCCCAUUAACUUAGUCCCUAGUCUUUUAUUCAUUUGAGUGUCACAUUAAAUUCCCUUGUUAUAUAUUAUUUUACUCGUUCCACCUGUUCAUACUUCACCCCUCUGCCGUCUAUUUUAUUGAUCAGAAUCAGAUUUGUACAGUGUCCAGAAAAUAUUUUUAAUUUCCUGCUGUAAAUGAAAUGCUGUUGUAUGAAUCAACAUUAUUCUUGAUAACUGCUACAUUUUAUAUUAAAGAAAAUCCAACUAAACUUGUACGGGCAAAGAUUGAGAGCAGUGAUACGUGUUCCAGUGUUUCUGGGAUUUGUGCCCUUGAAUGCCUUUUAUUUUUUUUUAAGAACAAUAUUCCAGCCACGUCUUUCGGCUGCUGCCACAGAAGUUCGCUCCGGAGUGCACAGAUGUGUAAACAGAGCUGACAUCUUUCAUCUGUCGUAAGUGAGUAAAUUUGGCCGUUACAGCUGAAUUAGAUUUUCAGGAUAUUGCAGUACUUUUCCUCACACUGCAAUCACCUUUAAUGAAUUUGAAAUAGUGAUUUGGCUUCUUCAAGGCUCAGUUGGCCGGUGUCUUUAUUGUCUGACCUGUCGUAUAAAGAUGAAAAAUGAAAAAAUCUGUCACACAGCUCAUAUAUUCCUGUAAUUGUAUUCAGAAACUAUUUGUCACCAUUACACGGGCACUUAAGCCAGGUUUCCA